AUGGAUAAGAGGUAUGAAGACCUGGUGCACUACUCAGGGUCAGAGGGCAUGCCUGUGGGGGGGUAUGGAGAGGCCAUGAGGUCACUGCCCCCCCCUCACUAUGGCCACACUGUCCCAGAUUCCCUCAAACACCACAGGGACCAGAUCUAUGGUCAUCCCCUGUUUCCACUUCUGGCCCUGGUGUUUGAGAAGUGCGAGCUGGCCACCUGCUCCCCGCGGGAUGUAACAGCCCUCUCAGUGCCACCCCACCUCCAAGGCUUGACCAAUCAUAGUGAUGUAUGCUCCUCAGACUCCUUCAACGAUGACAUCGCAGCCUUCGCCAAACAGAUUCGCUCAGAGAAGCCCAUUUUUUCAACAAAUCCUGAACUGGACAACCUGAUGAUCCAGGCCAUCCAGGUACUACGGUUCCACCUGUUGGAGCUGGAAAAGGUUCAUGACCUGUGUGAUAACUUCUGCAAUCGCUACAUUACCUGCCUGAAGGGCAAGAUGCCCACAGACCUGAUUUUGGAUGACAGGGAGGGCGGGUCCAAGUCCGACGUGGAGGAUUUCACUGGCUCCUGCACCAGUCUGUCGGAGCAGAAUCAGUCGUGGUUGCGGGACCCAGAUGACUGUGCGUCCACUCCACUAGGGACCCCUGGCAUGUCAUGUGGCCUGCCUUCACACAGCACAGACAACUGCAGCGAUACGGGGGAUGGUUUGGAUGGGGGCGUGGCCUCCCCCAGUACGGGAGAGGAGGACGAGACGGACCGAGACAGAAGGAACAACAAGAAGAGGGGAAUUUUCCCCAAACUGGCAACCAACAUCAUGAGGGCAUGGCUCUUCCAGCAUUUAUCGCAUCCAUACCCUUCGGAGGAGCAGAAGAAGCAGCUGGCACAGGACACAGGACUGACCAUCCUGCAGGUCAACAACUGGUUUAUCAAUGCAAGACGGAGAAUAGUACAGCCCAUGAUUGACCAGUCAAAUCGCUCAGGUCAAAGCGGUCCUUACAGCCCAGAGGGAGCAGCACUGGGGGGCUACGGACUGGACGGCCAAGCCCACCUGGCUCUCAGGGCAGCAGGUCUUCAGGGGAUGCCGUCUCUUCCAGCAGAGUACCCCGGGGCCCUGCUGUCCCAGUCUGGCUACCCCCACGCCGGCCCGUCCCUGCACCCCUACCCCGGCCCCCACCCCGCCAUGCUGCUGCACCCGCCGCCCCACCCCCACCCCGCCGAUCCCCUCAUAGGCCAGGGCCUGGACAUACACGCCCACUAA